AUGUUUGCCGCAAGAAUAUACUUUAUUUUUUUUAUAUUAAUACCCGCAAGUGUUAAUAGUAUUAGUACUGAUAAAAAAUAUUGUCCGCUACAAGAGAUUUUUGAUACCAAAAAUAAUUCUAAAUGCCUUAUUUCGCACACUGAAAAUUUUGCUAAUCAUUAUUACAAGGAAGAAACCAAAAAUUGGAUUGAUAAGUACUUAACGGAAUGUUCCAAUGAUUCUUCGAAAAUACAUACCCUGACUAACUUAACGAUAUUAAGAUUGAUUGCUUGUACAAAUUUAGUACGUAAAAAUGAUCUUGUGAAUAUUUCAUAUGUUCAUAAGUACAAUCAAAAUAAUGAGAAUUACUCGACUUCACGAUCUAUGACUAUCAGAAAAUGUUGUCCUCAAGGGCAGCGAUACAGUACUGAAACUCGAGAAUGCAUGAAUUUCUCUUCAAAUUAUGUAGAUAUUUUUAAUAUAGUCCGUGACUUUUCUGAUAAAACUAUUGAUUCUUUAUCAAUAAUUCAAGGUUUUCCAACUUGUAAUUAUAGUUUAAUUAACCACGUCAUUAGUACAAUUGACGAUCGACUUAUUUUUUAUAAUGAUACGUAUCAGCAUAAUACUUGUUUGAAAAAAUGUUGCCCAGAAGGUGAAGCCCGGAUCAGUAAUAAAUGCCAAAAACUUUCUUUAUUUCCAUCUUUCAAAAAAAAAUUCCACAGUGAAGUAGAAUCAUUUGUCAACAAUGCUCGUUAUAAUGAAACCUUAUCAGACGUUUUAAAAUUCACCGAUUAUAGCCUCCUCAUUGAAUUUGUAUCUUGUAAUGGCAGUGAAAGAGCAUAUCCAGUAAAACCAUCAAAAAAUUGGUAUUUUACUUCAAGUGGAUAUGUUUACGUACCCGAUCAUCAGGUUGCUCGUCGUCACGAUGAAUAUUGCUUGGAAAUGAUAUUCGGGAACAAAUUUUUGGAAGAUGGAUUUGGAUUCGCCAAUGUGUAA